AUGGCCGCUGUGCAGACUGCGACUGCCGAGACAGACCUCAACGGGCUCCUCAAGGCCAACAAGGCUGAGGCCCUCUCGCGCCUCUUUGCCAGCGACGCCGCAGCUCGCAAGGAUGUCGUCGUUAUCAUGGGCAACGAAGCAGGCGACACGGACAGCAUGGCCUCUGCCGUCCUCCUCGCCCAUCUCCUCUCCCACCCAGCCAAUGCAGGCGGACGCACGAUUCGCGACUCCCUCAAGCUCCCAGAAGACACGCUCUUCACGCCCCUGAUGCAGUUCCUGCGCAAGGACCUCCGACUGCGAGGCGAGAACGAGAUGCUGCUGCACCUCCUCGACGUGGACCCGAGCAGCCUCCUCUUCCUCGAUGAUCUGCCCCAGGACCGGUCGCGCCUCCUCGCGGGCGGCGACCACGUCAAGCUGGCACUGACGGACCACCCGUCGCUCUCAAAAACGUGGGAACCCUACGACGAGCUCUCCAAGAGAGUCGUUGCUGUCAUCGACCAUCAUGCCGACGACGGCAGCCACAAGAACGCCCCACUGCGCGUGCUCAUGGGUCCCGGCGCAGGCCAGGUGGGCAGCGCCGUGAGCGUCGUCGUCGACCUCUUCUCCGACAAGGGAAAGGAGCUCAAGCUGUCAAUGAAGCUUGCUGACCUGGCCCUCGCUGCCGUCCUCAUCGAUACCGACGACCUUCGACCGAUGCCCAGGGGCAAGGCCACCGAAGUCGACCUCACCGCGGGCCGCCUCCUCGCCGUGCAGUCCUCCCUCGUCCGACCCGAGUCGCGCACCUCCUUCCUGGACACGGCUGUGCGCUUUGGAGGCGACAUUGCAGCCUCGGCCGCCAAGGCAGACUCGAGCUUCUUUGCCAAGUCGCACACAAGCUUGGGCUUCAGCGAUGGCCUGUCGCCCUCCUCGCUCAACAGUGCCGACGCAGGCGAGGGCGUCCUAGCACGCACUGCACUCAGCACCUACUGGGCGGUCCUCUCUGCCGUCAAGCUCGACGUCGCGCGCCUCUCCUCGGCCGACCUGCUCCACCGCGACUACAAGGAGACGACGGUUGACGAGAGCCAAUUCCGGUCUGGCUUCUCGAGCGUACCCGUCGGUCUGUCAGAGUGGAUCAGAAAGAAGGACCUGUCUCCUGCUGGUGGAGGAGGAGGAGGAGGAGGGGGAAAGGGCGAAGACGAACGAUGGCAAAAGUACUGGUCGACGAUCGACGAGUUCAUGCGCGAAAAGAGGCUGCAGUGGGCCGUCGUGGGCACCAGCUUCAGAGACGAUGGUGAGGAGAUGGACGAAAGCAACGACUCGACCACGGCGAGGGAGGGCAAGCAUCGGAGGGAGCUGCUGCUGGCCUGCCGAGGCGCACCGGCCUCGGCGCUCUUCAAGACGGUGCUGUCAACGCUCGAAUCCGACGCAUAUGCUCAGGGCCUGUCGUCGCCGGACUCGUCAUCGCAGCAGCUCCUCCUCGAGUCGCCAUGGAAGGGCCGGAGGCUGGCAUCGACGGGCAAGCGCGAGCGCGUGGCCGGCCUCGAUGAGCAGGGCAGGUGGCCUCAAGGCGACAUGCAGGUGGCAGUCUACAUUCAGCGCAACGCCAGGGCCAGUAGAAAGGUAUACCUGCCUGCCGUCAUGCAUGCCAUCCGUGCAGCGGCUGCCAGCGUGCCAAAGUAG